UUGGGGAUCUCACUCUGGUCUCUGUAGUCAAGCUUCCAAAACUGGUAUGGAGUACUGACCUUUAUGUUCAUUAAGUGCAUCGUGUAUUUGAUCUAGUUUGGUCUUGAAGUGAUAUGAACUGGUGCUUCUUUUUCUACUGGGUUUGAAAAAGACUGUUGCUUUGUUGUUAUGAUUGAACUGUCUGUCUAGUAAAGCUUAGAGCUUUCUGUGUUUUUGAGUUGGGAAGCAAUUGAGAGUGGAUGAAUAUAAUUUGUGGGGUGUAGAUUCUUACAUUUUGAGAAAUUCAUGGUGAAGUAGAGUUCUUGGAUUCGGAUUCUGUAGUGGGUUUCUGGUGUUUAUCAAGGAAUUGAGUUGGAUCUUGUAUUGGGGUGUAAAUGGAUUUGCAUUUGAAGAACUUGUUUGAUAGGUUCCAGGAGCAAUUCGGGACCGGUCCAGGGCUUGGUCCCGGAUCCGGGACAUGCCUUAUGAAUGUGGAAGGCAUUGCUCCAAAUAUUAUUAAGUCCAUGUUUAGAGCUGCAGCAGCUCUAUAUAGGACUGAUCCGUGGAAAAGAUUGUGUCCGGCGCAUCUGUUUGGUGUCCGGGUUGGGAAGGAUACGGAUUGGUCUGGAAAGAAACAGCUUUUCCCAUGUGUUCAGUUUAUUGGAGGGGAUGGAGGGGAUAUUGGAUUUCACAUGUUUCGGUCGCAGAAUGAUGCUAAGAGGAUGACAGGCUCAAGGGAAACAAUAGAGGUUCCAAAUGUGGAGCUGUUGAGGGUCACGUUUGAACGUGACUCAGUGAUGUUUCCUUCAAAUCGGAAAAUGAUCAAGACUCUAUCACUGGAAGUUUCGGGGAAUGAUCGCUUCCCUGUUGUUGAUGUUGUUCGCUGCACUUCGUCAGGAACUCUUAAGUUCAGGAAUGCAACUCUUGAAGAGCUUAAGUUUGUGUAUGCAUUCAUGCAGGCCAUAGCUCUCGUGCACCCGUUGCUGCAGGCAGACAAAGAAGGAGGUCCAAAGUGGUCAAGGUUGAUGUACUAUGAACCAUUUAUCGAGACAGUUGAUGUCCAGUGGCCGCCAGAAAUGUCCAAUGGUUUUGAUCUUGUUGCGGUUACAAUCUCACACCCACCUGGCCAGGCAUAUGAGGAAAAGGCUAGUUCGACGGCUACCUCAAGGUCCUCAACCCCAACAAAGUAUGCAGAACCAUUAAAGGAGGAGACUUUUCUUGAUUUAAGAGUGUAUUCAAAUGGCAGCAUAAGGCAGUGUGCAGCAUGCGAGAAAGAAAUCCAUAGUGAUCAGACUCUUUGUUGUGGACGGUGUCGUGCUGUGAUCUACUGCAGUUCUGUCUGCCAAAAGCAGCAUUUGAAGGAAACACAUAAGACCAUGUGUGGUCUUUACAAGGCAAUGAUGGAAAGGGAAGAAGAGCUGGCAAUGAAUAUCUUCAUGUUUCCAUCUGCUGCAGACCAUCCUUGUAAAUGGCUUGAAUCAUUGGGCAUCCAUCAAAAGGGCAUGUGGAGGAGAAAGUGCAGUUGCUAUUCUCACUGCCCUUUUGGUCUUCUUCCUGUUAAAGGUGGACUCUGGGAUUCUUGGGGAGGUCUUGAUGAUGAAGAGUUUCCACGUGAUUCAUCUUUUCAUCAUCAUAUGUCAAGUCCGAUCCUCCUCUCCGGUUGGUCUGAGUACUAUAAUCUUCGGUCACUGCCAUUGUCAAGCCCGGUUGCUGACAUCCUCUCCCACCCAUUGACAGUAUAUUACAUAUUGACGACGCUCAACAUCAGUUCAAAGAACUGGCUACUGAAAGGAAAAGAGGUGAUUGUGCACUACAUAGGGCCAGAGGGAGAGUUGGAUUGGAUGCCAGCAUUUGCCGAAGUUGGUCAUAUGCUCAAUGGAUUGGGUAAUAUACAAAUUGUAAUGGUUGGUCCUGAAGUUCCAACAAAUAUGUCAGGGACAACUUCAGGAAUAGGCAGCAGGGUGAGAGUGAAUCUCAUUAGGGGUGUUUAUCAGGAGGAAGCCACCUACCUCCCUUCACCCCAUGCUAUCGUUGCACUGAACUGUGGAUUGGAGGACUAUUCAAGUUGGGGUGGAGCUCUUAACUUAAUCAAGUCCAUGGGCGUACCAGCCUUCUUCACAGACCAAUGUGAAAUAUCUUGUAAUUACGCUAAACAGGUUCUACGAAGUGCUGGACUCCAUAUCACACAUCCUGUGACACCAAACCCUUUCCGCUCGCCAGUGAAACAUCAGGGGCCUUCUAGCAAUCUACCUUGUUACAGCAAUGGUUUUGUGCUCGGGGUAAAUACAUGAGUUGGGUGCUGCCACGAAAUUUGAAGACUCAAGUUCGACCUUUUUCUGAUCAUUGUGCUUAGUACUCCUAUGACUUUCUGGUGAUGGCAAAUUGGCAAUAUCUGCUACUGAGGAAUAUGGGGUAAAUAAUGCCUAUCUCCAUUAUGAAGCUUAUCUAUUUAGCAUUUUUUGUUUUGUCAAUUCAAUUGUAAACUAAGAUUCUGCUAGACUUGUGAUUUAUUCUUAUUC